UCUUUCAUUAUACACAUGACAACAUCAACAUGCCACGAUUACUACUACGAUCUCCUCCAACUUCACUUGCACAAGGAAUUGUUUCUCACAUAGAAGACCAACGUGAUUCAGUAGACUACAAAAAAGCACUACAACAAUGGCAUGCAUACGGUGAUAUCUUUCGAACGCAUGGCUGGGAAAUAAGUACGGUUGAUCAAGAUGAUUCUUUGCCCGAUAGCGUAUUUGUAGAAGAUGGAAUAAUAAGCGUUGAUAACCUGCAAGAAGACAAGAAAGAAAAGCCAGGUUUGCUCAUCUUUGCUUCUCCCGGUAAUAGUGCUCGAGAAGGAGAAAUCGCAGGAAUACAAGCCGCAAUCAAAUCAUCAUUACCACAACAUGCUCAUGCAGAAAUACUCAAGCCAGGUAAACUUGAUGGAGGAGAUAUAUUGAAAAUACCAUGCAAACAACUCAUCUACAUAGGUAAUAGCGCACGUACAAAUGUUGAAGGUAUUCGACAAUUCACAGCUCUCGUUCAACCUUUAGGAUGGAAAGUAGAAACGAUUCCGGUCAAGAAAGCCUUGCAUCUAAAAUCCAUGGUUACCGCACUACCGGAUGGUACAGUUAUCGGAUUUCAGCCUUUUCUUGAAGAUCAUGGUGUGUUUGAAAAAUUUAUUGCAAUGCCAGAAGCAGAAGGUGUAGCAGUCGUACAUCUCAACGUAGAUCCAUCAGACAGCAAUACUCCACUACUCAUUUCAGCAUCUGCACCAAAAUCAUACAAGAUAUUAGAGGAUAUGGGACACAAACUCAUUAAAGCAGAAGUAUCCGAAUUCGAAAAAUUAGAAGGAUGCGUAACAUGUUUAUCAGUUCGGAUACGUCAUGAUUGAAAGAAAUGAUGAUGAUAAUGUACUAUAUAGAACAGAUGUCAAUGUUUACGACCACUAAAUGCAUUGCCAAU